GCGAGCCGAGAGGAGGGAAGUCAGUCACCUGGCGGUGAAGGACAGUAAAACACGGACGGAGAGGGAAAUCUCUGCCUCUCUCUCCCUUCUCCUCUGCAAGAGAUCCAGCUCCUGUUUUCCUCCCAACUCUUUCAGCAUAACCUUCAAAGAAGACUAUACCUUACAGACUUUAUUUUAUUAUAUAUAUAUAUGUGUGUAUAUAUACAGUACUAUUAUUAUUAUUACUGAAAGACUAUCUUUAGCUGCAAAACAAUUUUUGAGCCUAUGCAGGACUUGGGGGAUUUUUUUGUCUUGCCAGCGAAAUUGUUCAUCGCUAAUGUCUUGCGCUCACAGGGUGCUAAAUUAGCUACCAGACUACUCUGGUAGCAUGACGGAGAAAGGCUUUUAUCACAGACUGUUCUCUUCAGUUUGAACACAUUUGCUUGAAAUUUGCUGCAUGAUGCUGUCCAGGGAAGCAGAAUUUUUUUUUCUCGGGAUACAGCGAUUCGCCGCUUUCUGAGCUUAUUGCAGAAGAAAAAAAAAAUCUUUAAACUGAGUGGAUUUGGGUUUGUUUUCUUUUUUUUUUUUUUCUCUGCUGUCUUCUCCUUUCACUGCCAGAGGAUGCGAAUCUAUUUCACCAGGGAAGGAUCACCUGUCGCUUUAAUCCUUAAGGGAGUUAUUUAAAAAAAAAAAAAAGUGAAAUAUUUUAUUUAUUUAUUUAUUUAUUUAUUUUAACCGGUGGAGGCGUGAUCGCGGAGAAUGAGACUGAGGGGAGCUGCCAGGGUUUGGAGGACAAGGCUGAGUUUAGGCUGGAAACUGAGAGACUAGAUUCCCCCCCUCCCUUUUUUUAUUUUCUCCCCCCCUCUUGUUCUUUUUUAUUUUUUGGCACAACUUCCGUAGUUUCCAGUCCGCUCCGUUCAGUUUCGCUCUAUGGACAGAUCAGCAAACCUGGACACGGAGGAGCUCAAGAUGACACGAGAGCAGUAUAUAUUAGCAACACAACAGAACAGCCUUCCAAGGACUGAACAUCCUCAGUUUUACCCAGUAGGGAUUUAUGGAUGGAGAAAGAGGUGCUUAUACUUCUUUGUCCUUCUGCUGUUGGUUACCAUGAUUGUUAAUUUAGCAAUGACAAUAUGGAUUUUGAAGGUCAUGAAUUUCACAGUGGAUGGAAUGGGAAAUUUGAGAGUCACUAAAAAAGGAAUACGACUUGAAGGAAUAUCUGAAUUUCUACUUCCACUAUAUGUGAAAGAAAUCCAUUCCCGAAAGGAUAGCCCACUGGUCUUACAGUCUGACAGAAAUGUAACAGUGAAUGCAAGAAAUCACAUGGGACAGUUAACUGGACAACUGACAGUAGGAGCUGAUGCUGUGGAAGCUCAGUGUAAGAGAUUUGAAGUGAGAGCAAGUGGCAGUGGAAAAGUAUUGUUUUCUGCAGAUGAAGAUGAGAUUGUCAUCGGAGCUGACAGACUGAAAGUAACAGGCACAGAAGGGGCAGUGUUUGGGCACUCUGUGGAGACACCCCAUAUCAGAGCAGAACCUUCCCAAGACCUCAAACUUGAAUCUCCUACUAGAUCUUUGGUGAUGGAAGCACCCAGGGGAGUGCAAGUCAAUGCAGCUGCAGGAGACUUAAAGGCUACCUGUAGGAAAGAGCUGCACUUACAGUCCACAGAAGGGGAGAUAUUUUUAAACGCAGAUACAAUCCGCCUGGGAAACCUACCAAUGGGCUCCUUUUCAUCCUCUUCCUCCUUCUCCUCCUCCUCCUCACCCAGCUCUUCAGCUCCUCGCCAGACUAUCUAUGAGCUCUGCGCCUGUCCCAAUGUUCUGUUCGGUUUCCCUUGUGACCAGUUCGAUGCUUCAAACAGCCUGCAGAGCAACUUCUUCCACUGUAAGCAGGAAUACAGCGCUGCCUUCUCUUGUGGUUUGUGCUGCCACUCAACACAGAGAUGGGAGAGAGAUCAAUGUAUUCUUCAUCAGGAAACCUAGAACACAAAUCACCUUUUUUUCCAAAAAGGGACAAUAACACAGGUGCCUUUGCUACUUGAAGUGAAGCACAUAGUUUUAGAUUUUUGCGGGACCUGGAUAUGAACUGCACAUAAAUAUAUAUCUAGACAGAGAGAGAGAGUACAAGAAUUUGCCCAGAAUCUGAUAGUGAGAUGAAUUUGUUCCCCCUGUAUGAUAACUUCACUGUCUGAAAGCACAAUUUUCCAUUCAUCUUUUUGAUGUAAACUUUUAUCCCUGAAUUUUAAAAUUUUAAAGCAUUGUGUGAUGCUUGCUUUACUAAACAAAUUCAGUAAAUGGUUUUUAAUACAAAAAGAGACAGAAUUCCUCCCUGACUUUGGUUUCUUUAAAAAUGUGUUGUUACUAUUUGUCUACUAAGUCUAGGGUUUUGUACACUAGGAAAAUUUUGGAAGUGCUCAGCAAUAUUACUUUCAAAGUUAAAAAGACAUAUGCUCUUGUUUGUCAGAUCUGAAUGACCUUAUAUAAUAUUUUCUUGGCCACUGCAUGUGAAGCGAUUGCUUUGAGUAAAACAUACAGCUUCUGGAAAAGAAGAACAGGGUAAAGAACAAAAUUCUGAUGAUAUGUUUGUUGAUCAGUGUAUUGCUCUUCACAAGGUCCUCAUAAUUGGCAAACCAAGAGAGAAAUUUUCAAAGGUACAUUUUGUCCAUUUUCGGACCAUGUCUAACUGCUGCCACUUGAACACAAAUGUUGGUACUAAUGUAACGUAUGAUGCUGAGAAGCAGUGCACUAACAACCUGUAUGACAUUCACAUUUAUUAUUCUCUUUUGUUUACCAUCUGCUGCUGAGGUUUCAAAGUAAUAGUAGUAUAUAAAAAACUACACAUUAAAUGACAUUCAGUAUUAAAAAGUACGUCAAUAUUACAUUGAAUUUACCAGGUCUGUGUUUAAAUUAUGCAGCCUCAUUUACACUCAGAUCUCACCCAGUUUCAUGUGGGAUUUGUUUCUUGUAUCAGUGUUUGUACUCAUUUGGUUUGAUUGGUAAUUGAAAUCUUAUAAAAAAAUGCUUUGGUAUGCUGCUGGUAAAUUUGUCACAGCAUUAAUUAACAAGAAUAUCUUGAAACUUGCAGAACCCAGGAAAGUAAAACAGUAUAAAAAUGUUUCCUAUUGUGGAAGAUGGCUUGAUUAUGUGAGGUAAGUGUGCUCUUUAAUUCUAUUCUUUAAAUUACAUCACCUAGCUAGUAUUUUUAGAGGCUUGAAUCUAAGAUUGCCAAUGAAAUGAGAGCUUUUAUGAAGUAAUUCUAAAGCCAGGGGAGAUGGUGCAAGGUGGGUAUUUCUACACAAUUUUGCUUUUAGAGAAAAAAAAAGAGAAUGAACAAACUAGUACUGUGAUUGCCUUUGCAUUUUAUUACCACCUAAUAAGCCUGAUUUUGUUUUCACUUCAGGUGAAAUUCACUCCUAUGCAGAAGACCAGCCCAAGACGUGUCAAUGGCUUGACUGGUGCUUGCCUUACCAUUGGCCCUCUUCAGAGGUGUGAAUUUCACCCCAUAGCAAGAAUUCUGUAUUUUCUGGUUUUAACAGUUAAAUGAAGAUUUUAAAUUGAUUAUUUUAUGUCUUCAAAAGAAGGCUGUUAAAAGCUGACUUGUUGUCUAUUUGAGAUUUUUCUUCUUUGAAAGAACAUAUACUAGAAAAUAUUGCAAGAAAAUAUAUUAGAAAUGAGGAUUUUAGUAAGAGGGACAAAAAUAGAGAUGACAAAGAAGACGACAAUAAAACGUUAGAAAGUGUAGCCAUACAAUAAACCCUUAAAACUAUAGGGAUAUAGAUGUCUUUUUCUUAUGCACACAAGUAAUAGAAUGGUAGUGUGACAGUCAUGAACAAAUAGCAUUUCAGGAGGAAAAGUAUAUGUAUGAGGGCACAUCUACGCAUAGUCACUAUCUGUGCACACCUACAUACAUUUGUUGCUUAAAAGAUGAACAAAUAUAGUGACUAAUCUACUUGAUGAAUUAAAAUGUGGCUUCCUACAAAUUGCAUACAAAAAGGCUAAGGAGCUUUUUUCUCCUCAAACAAACCUGCAGGAUGGCUUGCAGAUACUUUGUAAUGAAUUUUCCACAAAAAAAAUUCUUGUUGGUUUGUUCUUCACCUUCUGAGAUUAUUUACCUGUUAUUUGUUUAACAAAGGUCUCUGUUCACUGGAUGGAAGGACCCAACCUUAAUAAAUUCUACACCAACUUGGUUGGGAAUGGGCAGGUAGGAAAAAAAAUCUGUUACGAGAUUAAUUUUAACAGCAAGACUGAAAUAAUUUGCCACUUUAUAUGAAGAGAACUCAGAGGAGAUAUGUGGGUAGUACAUUGGACUCCAAAAAACCAAGCCAGUAAGUUCACAUACCUCUGCACUGUCAGGAUAUUCAUUAUUGGAGUCCCAUCAAUAUGAAGUAGAGCAUAUUUAAGAGCUUCAACAGCCUAUGAGAUAGAAAAAAGUUCUCAUGAUGUUUUAAUGUUCUGGUGAAUUUCAUAAUAUUGAUGUUUUACUUUAAAUCCAUUGAAAACUGUAAGAAAGGAAGAAAACAGUUUUUAUUUGUAAAAGUAUUUCUAGUCCACAUGAUUUCAGGGAGUAUUGGAAAAGUGAUCUCAAUGCAUUAAUCAUACUAAAAAUUUAAAAUGCCAUCCUUAUGACAACAAUGAAAUAUUUGAAAAUACCUUAUUGGCUACAUGUAUUUAAUAUAUGAUAGAUUUAUCUCCUGUAAAAAUAUUUGUGUCAUAUUAUAGGGUACUGUCUCUUUCUUGUUUUAAAAAAAAAAAAAAAAAAAAGAAGAGAAGAGAAGAGAAGAGAAAAAUAAAAGCAUCAGCCAACCUCUCUGAGCACUGUUAGCUGUAUGGUUUGUAUUGCAGUUCAUUCAUUGGUUAAGUGUUAAGACCAAAGACAGACACUCCUAUUAUAUCCAACACUAUGACACUGCUGUUUCUACUAAUUCUGUUGGAAUGAAGAGAUGAGAAGUUGUAAUUACAACAUGAAAUGUAACAUAGUUUAGAUUUGUGCAGCAUUUUGAGCUGUAGAUUUUCACUUUUUUCCAGGGUUUAAAUUUUUGUCAGUGUCUUGUGAUUACACUACUAUUCAUGUGUAUAGGGGUCUUUUGGUGUUCCUAAGAAAACAUGCCAGGACAUUGCUUCUUUGAACUGAAGUUAUACUGGUUUGCUUGCAAAGUUUGCUUGACUGGGUAAAAGAAUUCACUUUCAACCAUUUUAGAUGCAGAGGGUUAUUAAAUCUGGAAGAUACAGCCAUAAAUGUCUAGAAGGAUUUAAUGAAGGAUGUUUAAGAUAUUUGGUUGCUAACAUAAUGUACCUUUUAGGGGUUUUUUGUUUUAUUUGUUUGUUUUGAUUUGUUUUUAGAUUCUAAAUAAUUGCUAAAUAAAAAAAAAUUAAAACUUUACACUAUGGAAUUGUUAUCAGCUGAUUCACUGUAAUGCAUGUGAAAGUUGGAUCAAAAUCUGAGUGUCAUAUUGUUUCAAUCCCUACUCAGUAAAGGUCUUCUAACCCUUUUUGUUUUGUAACCUUCAUGUUAAUGGUUUUCUUGUGUAUAGAAGUAUAUAUAAAAGAUGGGAACUAUUUUCUUACACAUACUAUGCAAUAUGUUUGUAGAACUGCAAUAUUACCAAAAUUACAAAAGCUGUGCUUUUGUACUCUCUUGCUUUAUGUAAAAACAAAUCUUUUUUCUAUUUAAUGGACUGUCUGUCUUAAAAUUUUGGAUAACAUUAUUCAAAAGCAGUACACUGAAACUUUUAAGAUUUUUAUUUUAUUUUCCUUGGACUUUUUUUUUUAAUGAAAAUAAUAGCAAGGUUUUGGAAGUUGGAAAUUUCUUUUCUUGGAAAGCUAGAACUUUUUCAGCAUGUAAUUAACACUCUCAGUUUGAAAUGUUUCCUGUACUUCUUUAAUUUGUCUUAGCAUUUCCAUCUGGUGCUACUAUAUAACCAUAAAUAAAUGUGAUACAUUAAACAGGAAACAUAUCAGAACUAAUUUCAAGAAUAAUCAAACAGGAAUCCUGCUAAGGGUGAGAAGAACAUGUAGAAUAGCUGAUGAGAAACUUUUGGAUUUUCUGUAUAUUUUUGAUAAAUAUUAUUUGUUAGUUUGCAUUUCCUUACUUCUGUCUACAUUAGCAGCAUGGUAAGAGCUUUUAUUUGUUUUUCAAUUGUUUUGUCCUCGCACACAGAAUAUGGUACCGUUUUAUUUCAAACUUUUUUUUUAAAACAACAGACACUGCAUUUAAAUGCAGUGCUUAUGUUAAGAAAACCAGUUUUAAAGAAGUGUAGGCUUUAUUUCUACAUCAGCAUUAGUAAAGUUAAAAUUACAGUGCUGCUUUUUCAUCUACCAUUAGAGCAUAUUACACUGCUCAAGUUCCUUUGUGUCUUGCCAGAAUAAACUUAAACUGUAUGUUUGUUUGAACAGCACUUUUUUACAAGCCACUUGAGAAUUACACAGUCAUGUAAAAAGUGAUGUAACCAACUCAAACAAAUGCUCUCUGUGUUUAACUUGGGCAGUGUCAGUGCUGGUGACAGCACAGCCUUGCACAGAACUCUGGAAAAAAGUAAGGUGAGCAUUUAGGGGGUUUGUUCACACUGAGCUCCUUGAUGCCAUAUUACGAUUUCAUCAAUAUCCAGAGUAGCUAGACAGCAGCUACUUUCACAAUGCCUAAAAAAAUCAGUGAUUUCUGUACAAGAGCAACAGUUGUAUAGAAAUAUCAGUAAUAUAGGAGAGUAUAUCAGUAAUAUAUACUGAUAAGUCUCAAGUGACUAAAACAUGAUAGGUGAUACAGCAAGAAAAAUUAUUCGUAGCUAUUUUACUCAGUGUUGGACAGGUUCCCCAGUCCAAUCUGGAGAAACUACUGACAGUAAAAGAAAAAUAGAAGAUAAGUGAAAAAAAAUCCACCAUAAGCAUUGUGUUGAUUCAACACAGUCCACACUGAGACUAGAAUUUAAUACAAGUUCUCUGUGUAAAAUAUAGAUAUUUCUCCUCUGAAACUUUGAACUGAGCUUCAGAUUACGUUGUUUGAAUUUGAAAGUAGUAUUUGAGCUUUAACCAACACAUUUCUUAUACAGGCCAGGAUCAGGAGAGCUCAGGUAAAAUCUUCUACUGUAUAUCCGGUCUGAUUAGAGUCAAUUAGCCAGAAAAGAAACUAGUCCACUUAACUAAAGAAAAAAAAAAUUAAAAAUUGAAAUCUGAAAGUUUUGCUGAGUUUUGGAAAAAUUUUAAGUGGAUUUCACAUUUUCAAGGAGUGCCCAGCUCUACCAGUGUCUGCAAUUCUGACAUGUUUAAGCAGUGACAGCAAUGUAUAUUAAAACAUUUGGCCUUAUGGCUUAUCAGAUUCACUUAAUGCAUGACUUGAUCUGAGAAGUAAAAUGGCUUUUGUUCAUAUGUAUACCUCCUGGUUUGUGAGACCUGCGAGGGAGAAGUUCAGCUUUCAGCAUCAUCUAGAGCACAAUGAAAAGUAGGAUUUAAGCAUUAGAGAAGCAUUACUGAAGGCAAGAUGUAUUGUUUUCUGUGCUUUAUAAUAUUUUGAGAGCUUGCAUACAGUCAUUCUUUACCGCUGAGAGAUCUGCAUUCUAGCACAAUAACUUAUUUCUAAGUACAUAUUUCAGAACUAUUCUGAAAAAAAUACAUAAUUGUUUUCUUUCUAGGUGAUGUUUACUCAGUUUUCUUGUCCCAAACACUGCAACAGUUAGUAGGUCAAAUCCUCCUUCUUAAUUCCCACCCACUCUUAACUCUUCUUCAGCUGAGCUUCAGUUGUCCCCUUAAGCAUCCUCCUUUCUUCACAAAUAACAAAAGAAUAGGCAACAAAAAGAAUUUUGCCGUCUCUUUAUCAGGAUGCUUCCUCUGUGACUUACUUAAACUGUGUCAAAGGGGAGAUUAUUUGCUUUGUGACAACAGAAGUUAUAUAAGGAAAACACACAUAGGUAAAUAUCAGUUUUAGUCUGUCUUACUAGAAUGAAACUUCUGGAGUGAAAGAUUUUAGACUAUAGGCUUCUUAAUAACUUUUAAUUUCUCAGAAGUUUUGUCAUUCAAUGAAUGUAUUUAAAAUACCAUAAAAUAAAAAUGCAAACUAUCCUAUCCUGUUACAUCUUUUUUAAAAUAGAAAAGGAAUCACUGAGCUCAUUAUUUGUCCCUCUCUACUUAUGUGCUUAUUUACUUUUACAAAUUUGAAAGGAAAAACAGAGCUAAAAUGUUAAAUAGUAUAACGAUAACUAUUUAAAACCCCUAUUAAUAACAGAAUAUUGUUCCUUUUAGUCCAUGACUGACAUUCUUAUUUAUCUUUGGAGAAUUAAUGCUCUAAUUUCUUAUACAGUGGCAAGUCUUUUUGCUGUUUUGUGUGAUCUUUGGGAGAUAGGAAACCUCUGAUGAUAAAGGAAAGAGGAUAACUACACAGUAUUAAAAGAAGCAUCUGUGACAGUAUUCCCCAUGCUACCGUGGAACCAGACAAGAUCUGGGGGCACUUACUCAUGAGGAGAGAGGGUCUUCUACAGCAUUUAAAUAUUGUGAAGAAAACAGUCAGGAUGCUUUCCAGCUCCAUGCUCCCCAGGAUGACUGAGACAUGGUGUUGCAAUAAUAUUCGAGAGACAGACAGAAAGAAAGUGGUUUUCUUGAUCUGCAUAGGGAUGUGUAGGACAGUGGUGCAUAGGCAGUAAAUCCAAAUCAUGUUGGAACAGUAAAAUACAUAAAUAUAGCUGAAAGAUGGAUUUUUUUUUUUUUUUAAGUGCAAAAACAGUCACGAAACUUCUCCCUAAGCCUCAGAGAAACAGAAAGAAAGUCAGGUGAAGAUGUGUCAUAGAUUCCUAGAACGGUUUGAGUUGAAAGGAACCUUAAAGCACAUCUAGAUCCAGCUCCCCUGCCCUGGGCAGGGAGGGCCACCUUCCA